AUGUCGUCGACCUCCUCGACGCCAUUCGCCACCCCGAUGACGACGACACCAGCAGCAAGGAGGCGGUCAGCAGUGCCAGGCCGUCGGGGGGCGGCACCAAUGAAUCUUGUCGAGACCGAGCUCCGCCAGCUCCGCGAGGAGAACCGGCGACUGAGGGGGGAGAACUGGCGACUGAGGGAGGAGAACCGGCGACUGAGGGAGGAGAACCGGCGACUGAGGGAGGAGAACCGGCGACUGAGGGGGGAGAACCGGCGACUGAGGGGGGAGAACCGGCGACUGAGGGAGGAGAACCGGCGACUGAGGGGGGAGAACCGGCAGGCAAUUGAGGAGAACCGGCGACUGAGGGAGGAGAACCGGCGACUGAGGGGGGAGAACCGGCGACUGAGGGGGGAGAACCGGCAGGCAAUGGAGGAGAACCGGCGACUGAGGGAGGAGAACCGGCGACUGAGGGGGGAGAACCGGCGACUGAGGGGGGAGAACCGGCGACUAAUGGGGGAGAACCGGCAGGCAAUGGAGGAGGUUCGACAGGCAACGGUGGAGGUUCGACAGGCAAAGGAGGAGAUUAGGCAGGUGAAGGAGGAGAACAGGCGACUGAAGGCAAUUGUCUCUCAGACCGGACCCCAGGGACCUACGACCCAGGGCACCUCCCAGGGACCGCAGGCGACCCAGGGCACCUCCCAGGGACCGCAGGCGACCCAGGGCACCUCCCAGGUACCUCCAGCGACCCAGGGCACCUCCCAGGCACCUCCAGCGACCCAGGGCACCUCCCAGGCACCUCCGGCGACCCAGGGCACCUUCCAGGUACCUCCAGCGACCCAGGGCACCUCCCAGGGACCCCGAGCGACCCAGGGCACCCCCCAGGCACAGCAGGCGGACCAGACGCCGUCAACAUCCAGGAUGUCGUCGACCUCCUCGACGCCAUUCGCCACCCCGAUGACGACGACACCAGCAGCAAGGAGGCGGUCAGCAGUGCCAGGCCGUCGGGGGGCGGCACCAAUGAAUCUUGUCGAGACCGAGCUCCGCCAGCUCCGCGAGGAGAACCGGCGACUGAGGGGGGAGAACUGGCGACUGAGGGAGGAGAACCGGCGACUGAGGGAGGAGAACCGGCGACUGAGGGAGGAGAACCGGCGACUGAGGGGGGAGAACCGGCGACUGAGGGGGGAGAACCGGCAGGCAAUGGAGGAGGUUCGACAGGCAACGAUGGUGGUUCGACAGGCUAAGGAGGACGUUAGGCAGGUGAAGGAGGAGAACAGGCGACUGAAGGAGGAGAACCGGCGACUGAAGGAGGAGAACCGGCGACUGAAGGAGGAGAACCGUCGACUGAGGGAGGAGAACCGGCGACUGAAGGAGGAGAACCGGCGACUGAAGGAGGAGAACCGGCGACUGAGGGAGGAUAACCGGCGACUGAGGGGGGAGAACCGGCAGGCAAUGGAGGAGAACCGGCGACUGAGGGGGGAGAACCGGCGACUAAUGGAGGAGAACCGGCAGGCAAUGGAGGAGAACCGGCGACCAAGGGGGGAGAACCGGCGACCGAGGGGGGAGAACCGGCGACUGAGGGGGGAGAACCGGCAGGCAAUGGAGGAGAACCGGCGACUGAGGGGGGAGAACUGGCGACUGAGGGGGGAGAACCGGCAGGCAAUGGAGGAGAACCGGCGACCAAGGGGGGAGAACCGGCAGGCAAUGGAGGAGAACCGGCGACCAAGGGGGGAGAACCGGCGACUGAGGGGGGAGAGAACCAGCGACUGA